AUGAACGUUCUGGGGCGGCAAAUUCAGCCGCGGGUGGGGCAGCUGGACGCCAGUUUGCUUGAUUCGGAGCUCCUGAGUCAACUGAAGGACAAGCUGUUUGAUGCGAUCAAAAUUUACAACCCGGACUGGAAGGACCGCUACGAGGACGAGUUUAUGCUCCUGCUGAAGCUUUUAAUGUUCAAGGUCACGGUCUGGAACAAUUCAACAACCUACGGCGGCAAGUUGCAGAACCUGCAGCUCGCCCACGCUGUCUCCACAAAGUCACUACGCAUUCCAUUGUCUAAAAAGCAGAAACUAGCCUACGGAGCCAUCACAAUUGGAGGGUCGUUUUUGUGGGCCAAACUAGAGAGCUACUUGGUGAACGCAUCCUAUGAGAACCCAGAUAACCCAGUUGUCCAGAAACUCAGAGCCCUGGCUGACCGGCUGUCAGUAGUAUGGACAGGUGCCACCUUACUGAACUUUGUCCUAUUCCUCUACUCGGGAAACUAUGCUACCCUGGUUAUGAGGAUUUUGCGUAUGAAAUACGUCACCGUCACCCACACAGUGUCGCGGGUGGUUAAUUUCGAGUUCCAGAACCGCCAAUUGGUUUGGAACGCCCUGACCGAAUUCUUAUUAUUUGCUUUGCCUCUGGUCAAUUUCGCCAAAAUCCAACGCAAAAUAGCAAUGCUGCUGUGGACAAACCGAGCAAGCAAGGGCGAUUUCAGUUUCUUGCCCAACAAGUCUUGUGCUAUCUGUUACCAAAGAGACGCUGGCGUCACCGGUACACUUAAAACGAACGCUGUAACAAACCCUUAUGUCACAGACUGUGGUCAUGUUUACUGCUAUGUGUGUUUGAAGCUCGAGCUCGAAAAGGGCGAUUGGUCGUGUUUGAGAUGCAAUAGUGUCGUCAAGACAUGCUCCCCCUAUGUAGAAAUAUCCAAGCAAGAAUAG